AUGUACCAGAGCUUAACUCUUGCCCCCAACCCUGGCCAAUCGGCAUACUCCCAUGACUCCAGCAACUUCCUGCACUCACCAGCCAGCCCGGCCGUCUACGUUCCCACCAGCCGCAUGCCUUCCAUGCUCCAGAGCCUGCCUUACCUGCAGAGCUGCGAACCUGCCCACCAGGGCCACCCCCUGAGCAGCCACCCAGGAUGGGCGCAGCCGGCCAGCGCCGAGGCCUCGCACUUCAAUGGCAGCAGCCCUCACGCACCGCCGGGCUUCUCCUACUCUCACAGCCCCCCUGGCGGUAGCGGUGCUGGACGAGAGGCAGGCUACCAGAGCCCCUUGUUGCUGGGCACUGGGGGGCGCGACCAGUAUGGCAAUGCUCUGGUGCGCUCGGUCAAUGGCUCCUACUCCAGCCCUUAUUCUGGGGCUUACGUCAGCUCUGCGGAGAUACCGCCAUCUUGGACUGCGGGACACUUUGAGAGCAGCGUCUUGCACAGCCUUCAGACGCGACAGGGGGGCUUGCCUGGCCGGAGACCCACAUUUGGUAUGUAGCGUAUCUCCCACUAAUAGAAUUGUAGAGUCAGAAGAGACCCAUGGGCAUAGCUAGGGGGCAAGGGGGGCAGCUGGGCCCCUAAAUCAAGUAAAUAAGUAAAGAUACUUAAAGUAGAAAGAUUUUUGGCAGGUUUUUCUGAGCACUUGGGGUCAAAAGAAAGUAAUUUAAAACAAUGGUCAUUGAGACAUUUCAUUCCGAAUCUGCUGGACAGAGCCAGACAGAGGAUGUUAACAGGUGGGUGUCCUGCCCCACCCCACAACAUAAAUCCUGGCUACACCCAUGAAGGGACCCAAAGGGUCAUCCAGUCCAACUCUCAGAAGCCAUUCCAAGAGCACAUGGUUCUCUGCUAUUGAGGACCUUUUGAUUCUGGGUAGGACACUUUUUUUCAGACCUGAGGGCAUUAUGAUAGAGGCCUUAUCACCCAUUUCUUUUGUCCAGAAAUUAUCAUUAAAACAGUUGCUUAAAAAGCACCAUGAAAGUCCGCGAAACCUGUCAAUGAAUGUUAAAGAAGUGUGCGGUCUGUGGCCCAGUUCAAACAUAACAUGAAGCUGAAUGGUGGCAUAAUAGCAUGAAUGAGGAAACGCACAGGCUCCCAGAAUGUCAACCAGAGUUGUUUUGCUUCUCCUCGGGCCGUUCUGUUUCUGCCUUGCACUGACUGAAGCCAUGGUUUGGCUUAGUGCAUCAUCCAAUCCCAGGGUUGUGGUUUACCUCACUUCUGAUAAACCAUGAGCUGUAACCAAAAUCUGUCCUUAUGGUUUGUCUGGGAGUGUUAAACCACAAGCUUGGAUUCGGGCAACAUGCAGCUAAGCCAAAUCAUGGUUUCACUCGAUGCAGCAGCAGAAUGACUGGAAGCUCAAAACAACCACUAUCUCCUUUCUAGAAGCCUGCAUGUUCAUGCUAAGUCAUGGUUUGACCUGGCAUUCUAUGCAAACAAGGACUAUGUUGAGUGUAUCACACUGUGUUCAGUACUUGUCUGUUUGACCUACAAUCUGUCUCUGGUCUUAAUUUGUCCUAAGCAAACCCACCCCAGUUCCAGAACCUGGGAAAUUCUGUAAAUCCACUUUGAGUCAAAAUGUGCAUGUAGUCAAAGGCAGGGAUGGGGAAGCUAUGGUCCUCUAGAUCUUUUCAGACUCAAACUCCCAUCAGACCCAGCCAGCAUGGCCAGAGGAUGAGGGAUGAUGGGAGCUGGAGUCCAUCAACAUUCAGAGGGGCAGAAAUUCACUACCCAUGGCCUAAGAGGGCUUUAAUGCUGUAUUGAAACCAGUAUCUAGUUGAUUCAUAAUUGGUUCUCCUCUAAGGUCGGCUGGAAAUUAUAGGUCUGUGAAAAGGGGAUUAUUUAAGAAGCAGCUUCCAAGAGGUGUCUGAGAGACAUUGGCUAUGAUGGCUACCAUUGGUGCAUCUGAAAGCCAAGCCAAGGCAAGAAGGCAUUUGAGUCAACACUGUUGAAAACAGAAAGCUGAACUAGAUUGAUGGCUCUCUUGAUGUUCUUAAGCUGGUUUGAAAUUGGUUUCAAAGUUUGUCCUGGAUUUUUGUUUUGUUUUAUGUGGGUGCAUGCAUAACUACAUCAUUCAUUUUAAAAAUGCUAAGUCUCCCUUUAUGGAAUAAUCUGCUAGAGGUAGUAUUGUAAAUGGGAGCACUGGAGAGAGGGAUGAAAUGGAAUAUUAGAAGAAUGAAAACUUUGGCCAAGACAAAUCCUCCCCACACCCUGGCAUUCAAGAAUCUCCAGCAAAUGCUGCCUUGGCUUGGAAAUGGUAAAAACUAUUUUGGGGGUUCUGUGUGCAUGGGACAUGGCUUUGGAAGCCAAAUUCUGUCCUUGGUGUGGCUGCAGACAGGCAAUAUAUGGGAACCCUUCGGUUUAGAAUAUGUGCCUGAUCGCUGUAGUUAGUGUUCAGAUGCAAAGGAACUUGAGAAAAACACUUGGAUAUUUUUCAUGCCCUAUAUGGGAAGGAGCAACGUAGUUUGUUUCAGGCAAUGAAUUCAUUUGCUUGUCUCUCAGUAAGCGCUUGUGUGCUGGAUAUAUUUUGGCUGGCAGUAGCUUUCGAUAUAUUCAUAAACCUAUGUGCAUUUUGCUCAGUGUGCAAUGGCUCUGUGUCGUUAUAUAUCUGUUCAGGUCUUAUGCUGUUUCCUAGGCAAAGUGCCUUUCUACACAGUAUGUGGUGUGUGUGUGUGUGUCUGUGUGUGUGUGUAAAACUGCAUCCAAGAGGGAGAAAAGGCUUUGAUGGCAACGCUCUGUAUUGUCGCACUACAUUGUAUCAAAUGUUCACAGCACUUCAGAAGUAUUUCUACGAAUGCAGAUACCAAUGGGGCUGACAUGAGACUGAGAGUGCAGGAUCUAGCCCAGUAGUGUGCAGUCAGGUGGACUAGGGGGACUAGACUAGUCCUCUAAAUGUUCCUGGUAAAUUAAAGUAUCAAAGCCUGGUGCCUCCUUCCUAAAGCCUGGGAAGAUUCUGCCUGGCUCAGGGAGGGAGACACGAUGCUCCAAAAGGGUCCAAGAGCUCUCCCUUCACCUUCCCGGCUUUGGGAAGGAGGCAGGAGGGCUGCAGUAUCUUGUCAGAGGCCUGGUGCAUGUGACCCCCAUUGCCCCUGCAAGCUGGUGCCUCUGGCCUAACUGUUCCCCUGCGGAAAAUUUCGCUGCACACCACUGGUCUAGCCUGAAGUCAAUGUUCAUUUGGAAGUGAGCUGGCGCUGAUUUGCAUGCAGGGCACUUGCGCCUAAGUCUGCUUCUGAGUUCAUGACUUCCAGAUCUGAACUAGGGAUGGAGUGUUCCCUGCUAGUGGCUGUGCCUCACCAGCAUAUUGCCCUUAGAUCUUUAGCCCCAUCAAGAGCAGCAAGAAUGGGAAGGAAUUCUGGGGUCAAAUGCUCAUCUAUAUCAAACUUUGGCCUUGCCUUGCUUUGCUUUGCACAUGGAUUGGGUCUGUGUGGGUGGGUGUAAGUGUGCACAUCUCUUAUUUCUUUUGAAUGAACAACUGCACUCCAGUGGGUUUUCCAUCAAUUUUCAUCGGUAGGGGAUUUCAGAAUGGAAUUGGAAAGUCUUGAUUUAGCAUGGGGACUAGCACUAUGCUAUCAACUAUUUUAUAUGCCAUUGCAGCAUAUGUUAGGAUAAUAGCAUAUUGUCCCAUUGGGCUGGGAGGCAAUUGGGCUUUUUCCUGGGAAUAUUUUGGAAGGGUUGUAGUUGUAGUAAUGUGGUGCCUGGUGAGGAUUUUGCCUUUCUGAUAACAUUUCUCGUUACCUGUCACCUGUUAACAUAAAAAAGAAAGAGGUGGCCCUCUUCAAAUGAAGGGAAGUUUUCAGCACUGCAGAUUAAAAAUAGGAGCAUCUUCUGUUCUUUGGACAUUUGACUUUAAAAAUCCAGUUCCCUGAGAUUUUAUCUGUCGCUUUAAAAGAAUCAUUUCAAAACAGGGGUCUGAAUUCCAGUUUUAAAUUGGUGGGUGUUUCUACUGAACUGGAUUAUGGCUCAAAGUUUAAUGCUUGAAGUUGCAAGAACAGUGACUGACAAGGGAAGAUUGACAACGGAAAAUGGCGCUAGUCUCCAAAACACAUGCAAGAACUUUUAUAUCUGUACCUUGAUGCCAUGUAGCUUGGUCCUAUGCAUGUUUACUUGACAGUAAAUCCGCUGAAUUCAAUUAGGCUUCCUCUUAGGUAAGCAGGCAGAAGAUUCUGACAUUCCAUUCCACAACCAGCCCUCGAUUUUGCCCGGAUUCGUUGCUUCCCAAACCCUUCUCUCUCUUCCCAAACCCUUCUUGCGAAACUUCAGAAGGGAAAAGAUUUUUUGUUGUUGUCGCGCCCUUCCAAAAGCUGCCUUGGUGAAUAGCCUUUCUAUAGUCACAUAUAGGCUAUGAAAGAGCCACGGGGUUACACUUUCCCCAUGGAGUCAGAAAUAACAGCGGUGGUUUCGGGCGCCCGGAGUAAUCUGCCUCCCUCCACAAUAUCCAUGUUGUGCAGCUUUCAGAGGUGACGCUGUUUGGUGUUUAAAUGAGGUGAGCAGAUUUACAGCCGUUUCGCCUUUUAAAAGUAAUUUAUUGGGGUAAAUGAGUUGAGAUCUGAACAGACUCCAAGGCUCCUAAUUCGCCUUCGCCCAAACAAAUCUCUCGCCCUCCCCGGCUACGUGCGCCGUGGCACCAUCCAUCAACACCCGCUCAAAAUCGCCCAGCCAUAGGACCAUCAAAGCCGCUUCGCUUCGCUUUGGGUUCACACUGCUUUUUUUUACAAAAAGAAAAGAAAAGAAACAGAAACAGAAAAGAAUCUCAAUCAAACGCACUUUCUUAAGCUGGCGCUUGGUUAAUAAAACCCGCCUCGAUCUGGUUCUUGCAACUAUCCCUUCGUUUGGGCUUUAUGUUCCGAAGUCCCUUUUGAAUCCUUUUGAAAGACGACUUAAUCUUUUGUUAUCUUGGUUGGAUGGCCCUGUCUCUGCUUUUCUCCGCCCUUUAUCUUUAUCCUAAGAACAAAGCAGAAUUAGUCCUCGAGUCUUAAAAGGAGAAAAAGUGCUUUAACCUUGAGUCCCACCGCCAGAGUGAACGGAAAGGCUUCGGCAGUAAAAUUUGGGGGUUGUGACCCAAAUCCCCCCCCCCGCAUGGGGAACGCCAUUCUAAACACUGCCUUUCUUCUACUUUUCAUCACCUGGAAAUAUUUUCGCAUUCGAAUGAAAGAAGCAAGCAAAGAGCCGUUGCGAAGUGAAUUCGCCGCUGCCCUUUCAGUUCAGCUGGAUUUUGCAAAACCCACGGAACCAGGUCUCCCUAGCAUAGCAGGAAAUAUUCUUGAAUUUCCAAAAUGCAUUGUUUCUGUAUUUAGGAGCUGCAACCUGUAGUUUAGACAGGUCCUGUGCAUUUUUAUUCAGAAAUCCCACUGUCUUCAAUGGGAUUUACUCUCAAGUAAGUGAUCAGAAGACUGCAGCCCUAAUUAAACCACUGGAUUUUUUUUUUUUACUUUGAAAUAAGUUUAAUUGAUUGCAGUAUUAAUCUACCCCCCCCCCAAAAAAGUAUGGAGGUUCAGGCUUGCAGUUUAGGAUUUACAAAAUAAUAAUAUGGGUGUUUAGUAGGCAAUAAGACUAUUAAUCCUGUGCCUAGGUGAUCUGGGAGUAGAUCCCUGAACACAAAUUCCCUAAAAGUGGAAUUUACUUUCGAAUAAGCACAUAAGGAGUGAGUUGAACUUAAUUUUGUGGGGCUAGUAGGAUGAAAUUCUAUGUACUAUUUGUGUACAUUAUUUCCUUAAAUUCUAAACUGAUCUUCAACAGAAGAGUCCAGGACGGGGUGUGAAAUAAUUCUGGAUAUGAAAGUGGAAAAAUGCAACAUUUUCAACCUGCGAGGAAUUUCCACAAUGUAACAACAACAACAAAAAGUUGGGUCCCUUUACACUUCCAUCAGUAUCAAAAUGGCAUGUCUUUUCCCUCCCUGCUACUUACAUUUGGAAUUUUCUCAGCCGUUUAAAUCAAUAUAUUAAAUUGCAAAGGAGCAUGUCAUUAAAAACUCCUUUCAAACAUAACCACCAGUUUUUUGCUUGAUUAUUCUUUUUUCUGAGCUUGCAGAGAUCAGAGUCAUUGGAAGUAUGAAUUGUAUUCCUAAGUCAUGCUUAGAGGAGGACCGUUGAAAUAAAUAACUGAAGACUGUUGAUUUUCAGAGUGUCUACCUGGAAUAUGACAUAUUGUGGGUGGCAUCAAACUGCACAGCACAUUUGCAUCCCCGUCAGUACCAGUUUUGCAACCUAAGUUACAGAAUUCAGUCUACAGAUCAUUUUGCACAGCCAUACGUCUACUGAGGUUUGGGGUGUGUGGUUUUAUUUUAUUGUGUUACGGAAAUUGUGGAGCUGUAACAGAUUAACUCCGUCAAACAAGUGAUCAACUAAAUUAUUUAGAUACUUGAAAUGACUUGUCUUUGAGUAGGGGUGCUAAAUCAUAUUAAAAGUCAUAUCAACUGUUAAGCAUAUUUAUAAUUUUCAUAUCAAAUCGAUACAUUUUCCCCCUGUGUUUGUAUCAUUAUACCUUCUAAUAGUUCAGUGACUAGAAUCAGCAUUCUUGACAGUGCAGUCCUCUGUUUAUUCACUCAAAAUGCAAAUCCUGGUUCCAGUUGUUCUUACAUUCCAGUGCAUUUAGGAUUGCACCCUUAAUCAGGAAGUAAACCCUAUGGAGCUCAGUGAAAGUUCAGAAGGAAACAUAUAAUAAGACUGGGCUGUUGCUCUGUGAUGUGAAAUGUAUCCACAGGGAUUGAUGGUGGGAGGGAUCAGUUGAAUUUGCAUCCCUCGGCCAGUAAAGCGAGAUGAGCUCCACAAUUCCAAAGUCGCCUGUGACUGAACUUAACGGUUAGGGGUCCCUUUAUUCUUUACCUAAAUAUCCUUGGGAGAGAGCGAUGCUGUGCAUCACUGAAAUAAAUUAGCACUGAGGCAAUUCCUUUUUCAUAAACUGUUUAAGCCUUGCUUAUUCCUCCUUCAGUGUUUGCUCUUAAUGUUCCAUGAGCUGCAAGGGUUGGUUUCUUUUGAUAGUAAGCAUUCAGUACUGUUUUCUCAGUUUGUGAACUUGAUACUUUUGUUUGUUUGUUUGUUUGUUUUUAACUUUACAAUGGCUAGGCUAAGUACAUAUCCCUUGAUUGCAAUCCAGAGUUAAAUGUCUAGAUAUGAAGCCCGGUCCACGUUUUACUUGGAAAUAAACCAGUGGUAUUCAAUUAAGCUUUCCCAUGAAUGAGUUGAGGGUGACUGUAUUCUAUUAUCUGGUAUGGGCACGUGCACACAACAGUAUUUACCUGAAAAUCAAAUGCUUUCUGGUUGUUUCCCUGGUUUGAUGAUUUUAACAUAGAAUAUAUCUUUACGCAUCAGAGUAGGUACUCCUUUAACAGAGCAGCAGAUCUGUGUAUUUUUAAGUUGCUGUAUCAAAAAUGAAGGGAUGUGGGUGGCGCUGUGGGUUAAACCACAGAGCCUAGGACUUGCCGAUCAGAAGGUCGGCGGUUCGAAUCCCCACGACGGGGUGAGCUCCCGUUGCUCAGUCCCUGCUCCUGCCAACCUAGCAGUUCGAAAGCACGUCAAAGUGCAAGUAGAUAAAUAGGUACCACUCUGGCGGGAAGGUAAACGGCAUUUCUGUGCACUGCUCUGGUUCGCCAGAAGCAGCUUAGUCAUGCUGGCCACAUGACCCAGAAGCUGUACGCUGGCUCCCUCGGCCAAUAAAGCGAGAUGAGCACCGCAACCCCAGAGUCAGUCACAACUGGACCUAGUGGUCAGGGGUCCUUUACUUAUCAAAAAUGAAAGGUCUAAAACAAAACCUAGGUAGUAGGUGACCUAUUUUAAAACGAGGCAUUUCUUCUAAUGAGAGAAAUAAGAACAGCUCUUCUUUGAAGUUGCCUGUUGAAUGACUUUUAAAUAGAUCCUCUUUACAACAAUGGCCACUUAUUGUAUAGAAAUGGGAGAUCAUUGUCUGAAGGGUUUAUCACUGGAGCUUUAUAUAAAGUGUAUAAAUACCGAAAUAAAUUGAACAUUAUUUCAGUAACCAAAAAUGAAUAGAGGGGAAAAGGUGAUCCCUGAUGUUUCACUUAUAAAGAAUAGAUCAGAGAAUCUUAGAGUUGGAAGGGACCCUGAGGGUCAUCUAGUCCAACCCCCUGCAAUGCAGGAAUCUAAACUAGUAUCCAUGACAGGUUGCCAACCAACCUUUGCUUGAAAACCUCCAACAAAGGAGAGUCCACCACCUCUCAUUGGAGUUUGUUCCACUGCUGAACAGCUCUUACUGUCAGAAAGUUUUUUCCGAAUGUUUAGUUGGAAUCUCCUUUCUUGAAACUUGAAGCCAUUGGUUCGAGUCCUACCCUCCAGGGCACGAGAAAACAAGCUUGCUCCCUUCCUCCAUGUGACUGCCCUUAAGAUAUUUGAAGAUGGCUGUCAUAUCUCCUCUUCUCCAGGCUAAACAUACUGAACUCCCUCAACCAUUCCUCAUAAGGCUCAGUUUCCAGACCCUUGAUCAUCUUGGUUGCCCUCCUGUGCACACGUUCCAGCUUGUCAACACCCUUCUUAAAUUGUCAGCUUUCUCCUCCUCAGUCUCCGUGUUGCUCUGUCACCCAAUAGCAUUUUUCCAUGUUCCCAAUACAGAGGACUUACCACUUGCUUGUUCUUCCUCUUCCUUCAGACAUAGUCAAAGAAACCCUUUUAAUUAUUUUUAACCUCUCUCUCUAUCGAUUAAGGGUGCAUUCCUGUACAGUGGUACCUCUGGUUACGUACUUAAUUCAUUCCGGAGGUCCGUUCUUAACCUGAAACUGUUCUUAACCUGAAGCACCACUUUAGCUAAUGGGGCCUCCCGCUGCUGCCGCGCAGCCGAAGCACAAUUUGUGUUCUCAUCCUGAAGCAAAGUUCUUAACCCGAGGUAACAUUUCUGGGUUAGUGGAGUCUGUAACCUGAAGCGCCUGUAACCUGAAGCGUCUGUAACCCAAGGUACCACUGUAUUGGAGUUUUUGGGCUAUGUUUCUGCAACACCAGAUACAUUCUACAGGCAUCACAGCUACAUCAGUCAAACUCCUCUGGUUCCAUGGCUGCAAUGCAGCAAUUUGGGUGAUACACUUCACACAUGCCUCUAGGACAUGGUUAUGCUCCUUCCAUUGGACAAUACCACCAGUUCUGGCAUGGGACAUUUCCCUCCCAUCAGCUUCAAUGAAAGGCAAGACAACAAAAGCCACUCCUGUGUCAAAAGCCUCCCAUACAACUUUACCAUGGAAGAGCAUAGGAUACAGCCCAAUUGCUGGCCAUCACCUUUUCAACUUGAUAAUUGCAACCUGGAAAGGGAAGAGGAAUUCCCUGGUGCAGAUUUGAACUGGAAGUCCCCUGAGCAUGCCUGUACAUGCUUUGGAAACUGCACCACAGGAUUCCUGUUUCUGGCUGCUGUCAAGCUGUCCAUCUUCAUUUCAUGCGAGAGCAAAAAGAACCCAUGUUGGAACUUGCACCAGCAACCACUGGAGUAUGUUUGUAGCUCCUUUGCAUGCUUUUUGUGUAUUGGGGUGGGGUGACCUGCAUUGGUGACUGGAGACCAUUGGUGACUGGUAGAGCAGAGGGAAGGAAGGUCCAGGAAUAGAUGGAGAGCCAGAACCAAUGACAGGACCCCCUCCUUCUCCCUGCUGAGUUCUGCCAGGGCAACAUUGAGACUGAGGAGGAGAAAGGUGACAGGCACUGCCACCCUAUGGAUUGGAUGAAAGAUAUAAGAUAGGCAGGUGGAGGCUGGCUGAGGGCAGACUCAGGUUGGUGUGGGGCAGUGCCAUAUUCACACUAAUGGACCAGCCUCCACUGGCAUGAUAGACGUCUCCUCUGGGUAGUCUUCAUGGGUUGGCUUUCUUGGUGUGUGAGUGUCAUCAGCAAAAUAGUCUGUGGGCAUAUCUGUCACUUUAUGUAUCUUUGCCCGAUGCUCCACAUAAUUUGGCUUUGCUUGGCCCAUCAAUCGUUUAAAAGCCCAACUGCAUAUAGAAUCUGAAACUGGUGGGAAAUAACACGCCGCAAUGUGUCUAGAUCUCUAAAUACAACUGGAUAAGGGAGCAUCUCUCUAAAAUGCAUGUGACUUCAUACACAUGGCACCAGAGAGGCCAACAUCUUGAUGUGUAGUUAACACACCCUAUACUUUGGAUUGCAUGUAAUGCAAUUCCAUUUAUAAACGUAGACUAGCACAUGUUCACUUUCAAGUAUGCACGCACAUUUAACACUCUUAUACAUACCUUGACAUUUGUUUUAAAUUGAUUUUAACAUUGCAUUUUUAAAUUGUAAGGACCUUGUACUGAAGGGUAGGUAAGAAACUGAAUAACUAAUAAUGACAAUAAGAACACCACAUGCAUGGUCUUCUUCAUGUGGCCCCCACUCUAGCUAUUAUAUGACUUAGGGCUACAACCCUGUUCAUUCUUUUAAAGGUAAAGGGACCCCUGACCAUUAGGUCCAGUCGUCACCGACUCUGGGGUUGCGGCGCUCAUCUCGCUUUAUUGGCCUAGGGAGCCAGCAUACAGCUUCCGGGUCAUGUGGCUAGCAUGACUAAGCCGCUUCUGGCAAACCAGAGCAGCGCACGGAAAUGCCAUUUACCUUCCUGCUGGAGCGGUACCUAUUUAUCUACUUGCACUUUGACGUGCUUUUGAACUGCUAGGUUGACAGGAGUUCAUUCUUUUAGAUGGGAGUAAAUUAAACAUAGUAGGACUUGCUUCUGUCUGUGCAUAGGAUUGCAUAGCUCACCAUGAUUAAGCACUAGGUGGAUGCAGCCCAUAUCUAUAUAUUCCCUAUAUUUAUCCUUCUUCUGGAUAAAAUGUGUCUGUCGUACCUAUACCUCCAUUUUAAUAUUAUCAGAUUCAAUCUCUAUUUAAUGGUCUCUUCAUGCAUUACAGUGGCAUUCAGUUCCGAAAGUGCAUUGGUGGAGGUCGGCUGUGAAUCUGCCCUUUUUAUUUGGUCAAGAGCACCUUCUAAAUUAUAUCCUCUUAUGAUCCAAGCCUAUGUAGCUAAGGUGCAUGUGAGGCAUUCUUGGUGCAGUACCUGAAAACUGUGGUGUCCUCUUUCCCUUAAAUAUUGAGUUGUCUUUCUCCAAGCAUGCAGACUUCUAUUUAAAAAAUAAACAAAUGAGUGAGGUUAAGUCAGGAAGUGGCAGACUUCACUUACUGUCCCCCGCCCCCCGCCACCAUCUGACAAGCUAAGUCAAUCCUUACUAUUAAAACUCUUGCACCUGGUUUGGCUGUGGUGUGCAUCUGCUGCAAGGAAUGAAAGAGAAACCAGUCUUUGGUGGUAUUUAACAUAGGUCUGACUCCUUUAAGCCUUGGCUUGACCUACCAGUUUAAAACUCGCAGCCCUAAAAGCAAAACAUAGGGCAAAUGUGUGUGCCUGAAGGCUUAGCUCUGACCCUCCAUCGGAGCAGAGCUCUCGAGUCCUUGCUUACCACGAGGUCAGUAUUUGGCCGGCGUCAUGCUGUAAAACUGACUCCGAACCUCUACCCGGAGUCUGUCAUUUGUCAGCUCUGAGCUGUCGGUGUGAUUGAUUCCCAGGCCUCAGUAUCCCCCAACCUUCUCCAUCAGCCAAAGACAUUCCACCAGGUCUUGUCCAGUCUGCCUGUCGCCACCAGUCAGCAAGCAGCGCUGCUUGAUUGAAAUCAGGGAAGUCUCCCGAUCUCCUCCGCCUCCCCUUUUAUCAUCUUACAAUAACAUCAUCCCGAUCAUUUAUUUUUACAACCAAGCUGGGUCGCACUUCAUCUCGCCCAUUCAAACAGCACAAAGCAAGGGUUUUUCUGGGGGCAAAUGGAAGCCAUACACUCCUCCGAGUCUCCGCCGAUGUCAGUGGCUAUUAGUUAUGGCUGCUUCAUUGACAAUACAUUUAUUACUAAUUAAAGAAUACAAGAAAUUAACUGAAAAGGGGUGUGUGUGGACGGAGUGGAGGGGAUGUAGAUCAUUUUUCUACUUGUCUAGUUCAGGAGACACAUGGCUGCUUCUUAAAAACAUAAGAAAGAGACAAGUAUUGGGAAUUUGAUCGUUUUAAUGCUCUGAUGCUAAACCCCUUGGGAAAAAUCUAGACGCACCUCAGCUUCGUGAACAUCAGUGAAAUCCUAACAAUCUAUUUUGUUUGUAUUUCUAUCCCGUCUCUCAUUGGAAGGCAUAUAAAAACACAGAACUACAACAGUACACACAGCCACACCCAUAACCCCAAAACAAUCCAUACAGCACACUGCAGAUUGAAGGGACAAAAUGCAAUCUGGAAGAAGAUACCAAUGAUACAGUAGGGUGGCGCUGUGGUCUAAACCACUGAGUCUCUUGGGCUUGCCGAUCGGAAGGUCAGCGGUUCGAAUCUGCAUGAAGGGGGGAAGUUCCCGUUGCUCUGUCCCAGCUUCUGCCAACCUAGCAGUUCGAAAGCAUACCAGUGCAAGUAGAUAAAUAGGCACCUCUGCAGUGGGAAGGUAAACUGUGUUUCCAUGUGCUCUAGCCAAGCGGUUUAGUCAUGCUGGUCACAUGACCCAGAAAGCUGUCUGUGGACAAACGCCGGCUCCCUCGAUCUGAAAAGCAAGAUGACCACCGCAACCCCAUAGUCAUCUUUGACUGGACUUAACCAUCCAGGGGUCCUUUACCUUUUUUUACCUUUUCCAAUAAUACGAAGUGGAAACUAUUGGUUUUAAGUGUUCACUUCUCAUAUCAUUGACUUGUAGAGUUGUCAGGGACACAAAGGGUCAUCUAAUCCAGGAAUUAGUUCUAUAUAUACUGAUAGCAAUACUGUAAUUGAGUACUGAUGGUACCUCGUGUCUCUUUCUCCUUCCAACUCACCUCUCUUUUCAAGAUCUCUCAACCUCUUGGCUCUCACCUAAGACACAACCCAUCCAAACUGGUUCUCUCUCUCAGGGCCCAAGCACAGUCCCUUGUGUUAAAUAUAUACACAUUGUGGUCAUUUUCUUGUCUCUUGGUCACACUGAUUGGGCUUCCUGCCCUUAGUCCAAUGUUAUACCCGACUUACAAAUGUUUGUGCACACAAUAACCCAAGGCUGUGUUUGAGGAGAGCAGGAAGGAAUGCCCUCUACGAGGUUCACCCUUCCUUGAAAUUCUUUGCCCUUCUUUCACUCCCAGGGAAUGCAAUGGAUUUCUCUGGGGGAAGGUUGGGGGGCAGGUUUAUCCUUUAAAAUUAUUGACACGAUAAAAGGGUGUUAGUGUUGGAUUUAUUCCUGUUCACCAGUUGCAGUGCUUGUAAUAAUUUAUUAUUAUUUAUACCCCGUCCAUCUGGCUGGGUUUGCGUAGCCAUUCUGGGCGGCUCCAAACAGAAUUAAAAGCACGAUAAAACAGCAAACGUUAAAAACCUCCCUAAACAGGGCUGCCUUCAGAUGUCAUCUAAAUGCCAGGUAGUUGUUUAUUUCCUUGACAUCUGAUGGGAGGGCGUUCAACAGGGUGGGUGCCACUACCGAGAAGGCCCUUUGCCUGGUUCCCCAAUCCACCAUUUUACUGCUGCCCCAAGAGGCUAUGGCGUACCAAAAGGGGGACAAAAAUAAAGCCAGAAUAUUUGUGGUAUGGAUCCUGUGGGAUUUCAGCAGGAAGUUAAGGGGAUAUGCACCAAUUGGAUGUGAAACAAUGAGGCAACCGCACCCAAAAUUGAAGGUACAAGCAGUAUUGAUGGUGGGAUCUCUUGUGAUUGUCCUGCCCCAUCAUGAGCACAAAUUGUCAUGAAUGCAAUGGAAAUGAUGUCUGGAGGGAGCCUCCGUAAGGAGUUUUAAAACCUAGCCUAUAGGCUUUCUGGUGCCAUCAUUCCCAUUCCAUGACUUACUGUACUUCACGGUAGGAGAUUUACCAUUUCUGAGAUCUGCUACGGUGUCUCUUGUCUCAAUGCUAUGAAGGGACUGGGUCCCCACUUGAAUGCCUAACGAAAUGUGUCUCGCCUUUUGUUUCACUUUCAGAGUUCUUGGAGGAAUUCCCCGGAGAUGGCAGAGAAUGUGUUAACUGUGGAGCGAUGUCCACUCCACUUUGGAGGAAAGAUGGGACAGGGCACUACCUGUGCAACGCCUGUGGUCUAUAUCACAAAAUGAAUGGCAUUAACCGGCCUCUCAUCAAGCCCCAGAAAAGGCUGGUAAGUCUGGCUAACCCUCAGUUGGCUUCUGUUUUACUAAAGGAUUCUCCACUUCCACCUUGUCUGGUCUUUAAUAUUGGAUUGCCUCUUGUGUUUACUGCUUCUGGAGUCUUAGGUGUCAGGGGCAGGGUAUUUUUCAAGCCAGGAGCCACACUCAGUCAUGAGCAACCUUUCAGGGGCCACAAACCUACAUGCCACUCUCCAUCCAGGUGAGCCAGAUGUCUUGUCACAGAUCAAGGGCCUGGAAAAGGUAUGAGGUGUGGACAGAUUUCUACAGUUUCUGAUUGAAAUGCCUUGGGGCCACAUUUAGGUCUGAAAUCCACAUUCUCUCUGCUUGAGGAUGGUACCAGGGGUAUGGAAUUCUCUUCCCAGUGAAAUCAAGUAGGCAUCAUCUGCAAUGAGCUUCACAAGCCAACUUAAUUCUUUAUUAUUUCAGCAAGCCGCCUUAUGAAAACGAUUUACAGUUUUUAUCAGCUUCUUGUCAGAUGACCCAACACAUUUCUGUAUUUCCACUGGAUUUUAUUCCUUACAUUGUUUAGUUGAGGUUCUGCACAUUGCAUGGGAGGAAAGAGGGAGGGAGAGAUUUCCGAUAUAGAAAUGAAUAAAUCAUAGAAUUACAGAAAUUGUAGACUUGGGAGAGAUCACGGGGGUCGUCUGGUCCAAUGCAGGAAUCUUUUGCCCAAUGGGGGGGCUCAAACCCACAACCCUGAGAUUAAAAGUCUCAUGUUCUACCAACUGAGUUAUAAUAUUGUGGUCUGGCAUGCAUAGUGUUGAUAUUGUGAGUGGGCAGACUGAUUUCCACACAGCACUUGCCUCCCUGUUUUGCUUCUAACCUGAUAGGCAGAUUAGAACUUCCAUUUUCAGAGUCAGUAAAAUCUACACGCCAGUUGCUGUGCCUUCCUGUUCUGGUUAAUGGGCUUCCUGGAAGUAUCUGGCAUUAUACUAGUUAAAACAGGGUGUUGGACACUCUCUCUCUCUCUCUCUCUCUCUCUCUCUCUCUCUCUGUGUGUGUGUCCUACCCACACACAUACCCCACACCCCAUGGGUCUGAUCCAGCAGGUGGCUGCUUAUAUUCUGAACUCUUUGCAAACUGAGUGGAUGCCAGUGCAGAGACCUUGGGACUCUUCUCUCCUCCUGCAUGAGGAAAGCUGCCUGCCAGAACCCCCCUGGAUCGGGCCCAAGGCCCAUUUAGUCCAGCAUUCUGUUCUCAUAGCGACCAACGAGGUGCCUAUGGGAAGCCCACAAGCAAGACCCCCGGGUGCAAGACCCAUCUGCCCAUUUGUGAUUUCCAACAACUGGUAUUCAGAGGCUUACUGCUGCCAGUACUGAAGGCACAAAGCCAUCCUGGUGAGUAGCCUUAUCUACCAGGAAUCUGUCUAAUCCAGUUUAAUAAGCUUGAGUUUACAUCCAGAGAAUCUGGAAGCUGGGGGUGGUUCCUGUAUCUUGUAGACCGGUGAGUUGUCAGUUUUAGAUAGCGUUGCAUUCUCUAUGAAGCAGCAAAUAUAGUCUGUGGGUUCUCUUGCUUAAGGCUCAGGUUACUUUGGUGGCUAGGUAUGUUUCUGACCAGCUUUGGUUUGUGAGUCAGCUGCAAUCUUUCCUGGAUCAGCUUAGCUGGUCUACGGUGAUUCAAGCACUGGUAAUCUUGAAGAUAAGGCUGGUUUAGAAGCCAUGACUGGUGCAGAAUUCUGCAGCCUGUUUGCUAUUGGGUGUUGGCUACUGCCAACAUGGGACGCGGGUGGCACUGUGGGUUAAACCACAGAUCCUAGGACUUGCCGAUCAGAAGGUCAGUAGUUCGAAUCCCUGCGACGGGGUGAGCUCCCAUUGCUCGGUCCCUGCUCCUGCCAACCUAGCAGUUCGAAAGCACGUCAAAGUGCAAGUAGAUAAAUAGGUACCACUCCAGCGGGAAGGUAAACGGCGUUUCCGUGUGCUGCUCUGGUUCGCCAGAUGCAGCUUAGUCAUGCUGGCCACAUGACCCGGAAGCUGUACGCCGGCUCCCUCGGCCAAUAAAGCGAGAUGAUCGCCGCAACCGGUCAGGGGUCCCUUUACCUUUACUUUUUACUGCCAGCAUAUAACACCUAUUAUUAUUUAUGGUUUAUUAAAUUAGUAUACCAACCACCAUCCAUAGAUCUCAGGGUAGUACACUGCAUAAAAAUACAAGAUAAAAACGCAAAAGACAUAAUAAAAACAAGAACGAAACAAACCCAUAACACCCUUUCCACAAACACAUUUAAAAGGAAAGAGAAUGCUAACCAACCAAAGGCUUGAUUGAAGAGGUAUGUUUUUGCCUGGUACCUAAAGAUGCAUAAUGAAGGUGCCAGGCAAACAUCCCUGGGGAGAGCAUUCCACAAACAGGGAGCCACUGCAGAAAAGGCCCCGGCUUGUGUUGCCGCCCUCUGGACCUCUGGAGGAGGCACACAAAGAAGGACCUCACAUGAUGAUUGCAGGGUCUAGGUUGGACCUUGAGUUAUUGUGGUUCUGAGCUGUUUGAGUUGAGGUUGCUCCACUAACUGCCAGUAUGUUGAAUGUACUAGGAGAAGAGCUGUGGCUCAGAGGCAGAGAAUCUACCUUCCCUGCAAAAGGGCCUGGCUUCAAUUCCUGGCAUCUCCAGGUAGGGCUGGGAUGGGAGAGGAGCCUUGGUCUGAAACCCUGGAGAGUUGCUGCUGCCAGUCUGUGUAGACGGUAAUGAGCUAGACAGAACAAUGGAUCUCAAUCAAUAUGGGGCAGCUUCCUAUGCUUCCACCAACCUGUUUUCAAGGUCUUGCUAUUGGCAUACAAAGUCUUAAGCAACCUGGGGCCAGUGUGUAUAUGAGAUCACCUUAUUCCCCAUUCCUCUGCCUGAUCUUUGCAUUCUGCCACUGAGGCACAUCUGAAGAUGCCUACAGGGUCAGACUCUCUUCAGCAAGAAAGUGUGCAUUCAGUGUAGCAACUUUUAUGGAACCUUUUGCAAAAGGUUCUUCAUAUAUGUGACUUUUUCCACUUGCAAUUUUAUUCUGAAUACAUCCAAAUGCAGGUUUUAAAACCACGUGACUGCUACUCCCUGCUUUUCUUUUCUUUUGGCCUGCUUUUCAGGUUUGGGGUUCCAAUUUUAGGUUUCAUAAAGGAAGCCCAAGCUUUCAAAACGCACAGCCAUUCCCCAGAUUCAGUCUGCAAAACUCUGGCGCCUCAUGGUUGGAGUCAAGACUGCCUAUGUUUACAUUUAGCAACUUCACACUUCAUCUAAUUUUAUACUCUGUGGCUGGACUCCAGCUAACUCGGAAUAGACCCACUGAAAGUAAUGACCCUAAGUUAGUCACGUUCAUUAAUUUCAGUGGGUCUACUCUGAGCAGGAAUAGCAUUGGAUACAACCCAAUGCGUCUUUCCCUUCCACUGUUACUCACCGAGCUUUAAAGUAUAACAUUCUUCCCUCCCCCUUCAGUUGUUUGGAGAAUAUAUCUUACAUCCCUGGCAGCAGAAAUGUUGACUUGUCCUUGGGAUUCCAAAGGUAUUUCCCAUGACCUUCCUCUGUCUUUGCUGGAUUAAAACUAUUCAAGCCCUAAACGUAGUAUUGGAAAGGGAGAGGAAAAUACACGGUGGCAGCUGGUCAGUGUGCACCUGGAAUCUGCCUUAAUCAAAGUUAAAAAGGGGGAGAUUGUGGGCAAAUUGUCCAAUUCUAAUUGCAGUGGUGAAUGAAGAUAAGCCCUUUCCUAGUAUUGCUGUUUCUGUUGUUUCUUCUUCUUCUUCUUCUUCUUCUUCUUCUUCUUCUUCUUCUUCUUCUUCUUCUUCUUCCUCAAUCACUCGUAGCCGAGUAAGAAGAAGAAGAAGAGUUCGGAUUUGAUAUCCCGCCUUUCACUCCCUUUAAGGAGUCUCAAAGCGGCUAACAAUCUCCUUUCCCUUCCUCCCCCACAACAAACACUCUGUGAGGUGAGUGGGGCUGAGAGACUUCAAAGAAGUAUGACUGGCCCAAGGUCACCCAGCAGCUGCAUGUGGAGGAGCGGAGACGCGAACCCAGUUUCCCAGAUUACGAUACUACCGCUCUUAACCACUACACCACACUGGCUCUUCCAUUAACACGGUUUUAAUUGUCUUCCAUUAACACGGUUUUAACAGUGAGUCCGUAAGUGACUGUGGAGGCCAAUUCUGGAUCCACACGUCCUUCCACACCAGGGACAUAAGUUUCUGGGCAGGAGUUGAUCAUGGUGAGGGUUUGCCAAGUAUACCUUCCUCUUAGCACAUUUCUCCCUUGCAUCCUGAGUUCGAGUGUCUUCAAAGCCCAUGACACCUUUGGUAAAGGCUGUUCUCCAAUUGGAGCUCUCACAGGCCUGUGUUUCCCAGUUGUCGGUGUUUAUACUACAUUUGUUUAGAUUUGCCUUGAGAGAGUCUUUGAACCUCUUUUGUUGACCACCGGCAUUAUGCUUUCCAUUUUUAAGUUCGGAAUAGAGUAGCUGGACAUGAAGAUAAGAUCUAACCUAAUAUUGCUGGUUAACCUCCCCUUAGCCCCCUCUCCGAACCAAGCGUGCAUCUGGAAUCAGAGUUUGACUAAGAACUAAAGUGCCUGGAGAAGGUUAGCCAGAGGGGAGAGUUGUCCAUCUCUUUCCCUCAGAUUCAUAGGAAGGGACCACGAGGAUCAUCUAGUCCAAACCCCUACAAUGCAGGCAUCUUUUGCCGAAUGUGGGGCAUGGACCCAUGGCUGUUCCUUGGGUGCUCACACAGUAUGAUCAACAGAUGUACAAUUUGUGCACACAAAUCAUUGAGCUGCACACUGACACAUUUAUUCACAGGUAACAUUCAACAAGUCUACACCAGAGUACAAAAUAGUUGAGCUGCCUUUCACACAAACACUUGUGUGUGUGUAGAGUCAACCAUAUAAAGAAUUGGAGAAAAUAAUUGUUCAGCUGAGUAUCGUGUGUCGUUCGAACCACAGUGAUUCUGGGUGCAACUCUCCAUCUUGGUUCAGUCCUCUGGCUUUGUAGCUGAGGCUGCGUACGAGCCUUUCCUGCGUGCUUUGAAUGAAACACAUUACAAAGUCCACGAUACCAAAAGCUUAUCAGCUGCAUUUGGCUGCCGAGUGCAGUCUGGGGUGGACUUUCUGUUUUAAGGGCUCGGUCUGGUUUUGUAUAAACAAACACAUCGGGGCGCAAUGUUGAAGUCAACAACUUCCUAGCCAAGGUCAAAGCUCUGCAAAGGCAGAGUGGCAUAGGAAGAGGGGGGAGGAAUUCACUUUCUCUUUUUAAAAAAGCACAGUAAGAAUAAUGCUGGAGCUUUUGCAACAAAUGUGCCUCCCUCCCUCCUUCCCUGACAACCAAAAUAGACCUUAGUCUUUUACCACUAAUGCCAAAUGCUGGAGAGAAUUUGUAAUCUGACUGUUUCUCUUCUGGAAGAGUAGUCCUUUUCCUCCAGGGCUCAUCUGCUAUGGUCACAGUCAGACCAUAUGUUUCGAUCACUCUUAUAUGUCUUUAAACAGUCAUAGCUACCCCCAAAGAAUCCUAGGAACUGUGGUUUGAAGGGGGCUGAUAGCUGAUAGGAGACCCUUAAGAAAUGGCAUUUCUUAAGGAUCUUGUUUUGGGGGGGAAGCCAUGCCACUGUUUGAUCAAACAGUAUCACAGCAAUCCUUACAGUCCUAGUUGAUUUUACUUUAAUUAACAAUAUUGUGAUCUGUCGACACUUUUUUUCAUUAUCGUGAUCACAGUGUUUAACCAAUAAUUUUGUUGAGGUCUGUAGCGUUGGCCAUUUUUGCUGUAGCCGCUGUAGAACGUGACCUGGCAGAGGAGGAGGGAUGACCCCAUAUUACAUAUUAUUAUAUAAAGCAGUGGGAGAAAACAAACACAAAACAUUCAGGCCUGGACCUGGAAAGCCCAAACCUGUGCCUAGAAAUGGGGAACAAACGUGUGAGUGAGCAUUUAGGAACUUCACAACCAGAAUGCUAAAAUGUGUCAUUCCACUAUGUCUUCCUGAAAUGCCGGUCACCACUGUGGUCUUUGCAGUACUUCUCAUUCUGAUUCCUGCUCCCCUUCACUUAAUUCAUCAUUUGUGGGGACCAAGUUUUUAAUAGCAAAACAAACGGAUGCGCAGUUUUUUUGCAUUGUGGGUAAUUUCCAAGGCGAUGGGGUGAUGCUCACGAAGAACUGAUACUUUAAGGGUGUGAAAUAUUAUUGAAUCACCUAAAGUGAGAGUAUGUUAGUUUGCAAGAUGUAUCUGCUGCAGGACUACACGAUAUCAAGCUGCCAGUUUGGGGUGGAGGGUUAGAGAGCCUUCCCUCGUCACAGAAUCAUAGAACUUUAGAGUUGGAAGGGACCCUGAGGGUCAUCUAGUCCAACCCCCUGCAAUGCAGGAAUCUCAGCUAAAGCAUCCACGUCAGACCUCUGCUUAAAAAUUCAGCCUCUGUUUAAAAACCUCCAAGGAAGGAGAGUCCACAAACUCCAGGCUAAACAUACUCAACUCCCUCAACCAUUCCUCAUAAGGCUCAGUUUCCAGACCCUUGAUUGUCUUGGUUGCCAUCAAAGCUUCCUGGAUAUUUUUAAAACACUUCUACACACACACACACACACAGAGAGAGAGAGAGAGAGAGAGAGAGAGAGAGAGAGGGCUAACUUUUCAUGUGAAAGGAUGAGUACUUGUUUUCACCAGGCACAAAUCCAGUGGUAUGAUUCUCACGCUGGCAUCUGUGCAGCAAAUCAUCGCAAACUUCACAUGGAACCACUGAUUGCAUGUAGCAGUCAAAAUAUGUUUCCCUGUUUGGGUCAGAGACUUAGCAGUGGAACAAGUUGGGCUCCAUAAUUCUAACUCGUAAAAGUUUCUCAUUUGAAGCCCUUAAAAGUGAAGGGGUUGCAACAGAGCCAGAGAAUCUCAUAAUUUUCUUCAUGAACAUGGGCACAUGUAUGACCACACCUUGAAGAAGGCACCAGGGGCUGGUGAGAAUUGCCUUGGGCGGUAGUGGUAGGAGAUUCAGCUCAUCCAGGUACCCUUAGCAUUGUCAGUUCUUGCAUUGUAAUUGUUUACUAUUCUGCUUGUUUACACAACCAUCGUGCGAGGAAGACCACUGGGUUAUUUCUCUCUCUGUCUCCCUCCCUCCCUCAUUCACUGUGUGUGUGUGUGUGUGUGUGUGUGUGUGUGUGUGUGUCUGUGUGUGUAUACCGUAUUUUUCGCUCUAUAAGACGCACCAGACCAUAAGACGCACCUAGUUUUUGGAAGAGGAAAACAAGAAAAAAAAUAUUCUGAAUCCCAGAAGCCAGGACAGCUUUCAUCCCACUGCCCAGGGGAGGCUGCACACAGCUAAGGCUCCCCCAAGAGCUGCGCUCCCUUUAAAGAGCGCGCGGAGUGUGUGCGCGGCUCUUCAGAGGGAGCGCUGAGCAGAGCCUCCCACCUGCAUUCACUCCAUAAUGCACACACAUUUCCCCUUACUUUUUAGGAGGGGAAAAGUGCAUCUUAUAGAGCAAAAAAUAUGGUAUAUACAGGGUGAGUCCUUUAAAAGAGGCCCCGUGGAUAUAGAGUACACAUGUUCCACAAGGCCUCUUUUAAAAGACUCACCCUGUAUAUUUCAACAGUUAACACAUUUAAUAAAAAAAUGCAUUGUUUUCCAUUAAUAUUCAGUUACCUUCUCCACCCAGUACAUAGUUAUAAGCUAUGGAAUUCAUUCCCCCAAGAUGGUAGCGGUGACCGCCAUCCUGGAUGGCUUUAAAAGGCAAUUAGACAUGUUUAUAUUUGAUGUCACAUCAACCCCUCAUCUUCUAGAAAAUGGGCUUUAUCUCAGAUUUGAUCAUUUCCUGCCUGAUGCAAAUGCAGCAUCACUUCAGCACCACCCCACUUAUAUAUAUAUAUAUUUCUUCCUUUUCAGUCCUCCUCUAGACGCGCCGGUCUCUGCUGCACUAACUGCCAUACGACCAACACUACGCUCUGGAGACGGAAUGCAGAAGGGGAGCCAGUCUGCAACGCGUGUGGAUUAUACAUGAAACUGCAUGGGGUAAGGAGCUUGUAUUCAUUAGCCUGGUAUUCUGUGCAUGUGUCUCUUCAAACACAAAGCCCCAAAGAAAUAAUAAAUGCAGAAACAAGUACAAUAUACAGAAAUAAAUACAGGCGCGCACACCUCAAUUUAUGCCGGAGUUACGUUCCAGGUCAGCGCAUGCAUUGGCAGAGCGCAUUAAGCUGUCCGCCCCAGCCCUCCUCCUUCCAGUGCCGAACAUAACAAUAAUAAUAAUAAUAAUAAUAAUUUAUACCCCGCCCAUCUGGCUGAGUUUCCCCAGCCACUCUGGGCGGCUUCCAAUCAAGUGUUAAAAACAAUACAGCAUUAAAUAUUAAAAACUUCCCUAAACAGGGCUGCCUUCAGAUGUCUUUUAAAAAUAAGAUAGCUGCUUAUUUUCUUCAUAUCUGAAGGGAGGGCGUUCCACAGGGCGGGCGCCACUACCGAGAAGGCCCUCUGUCUGGUUCCCUGUAACCUCACUUCUCGCAAUGAGGGAACUGCCAGAAGGCCCUCGGCGCUGGAUCUCAGUGUCUGGGCAGAACGAUGGGGGUGGAGACGCUCCUUCAGGUAUACAGGACUGAGGCCGUUUAGGGCUUUAAAGGUCAGCACCAACACUUUGAAUUGUGCUCGAAAAUGUACUGGGAGCCAAUGCAGAUCUCUCAGGACUGGUGUUAUGUGGUCCCGGUGGCCACUCCCAGUCACCAGUCUAGUUGCCGCAUUCUGGAUUAAUUGCAGUUUCUGGGUCACCUUCAAAGGUAACUCCACGUAGAGCGCAUUGCAGUAGUCCAAGCGGGAGAUAACUAGAGCAUGCACCACUCUGGCAAGACAGUCUGCAGGCAGGUAGGGUCAUCCUGCGUACCAGGUGGAGCUGGUAGACAACUGCCCUGGACACAGAAUGAACCUGCGCCUCCAUGGACAGCAUGUGUGCAUCAAACACACACAAAUUGAGAGGGGCCUGUAUGUAGCUAAAAACAAUGACUCUAAAAGUCAGUUCACAAAAGAAUCAGACACAAAAACCCUUCUGCUCAACAACAGGAUGGACAAGUACUGCCUAAAGGCAGCACAAUAUAGUGGUCUCCAUCAGUUCCCAAAUACUUGAGAAAGAAACAUGUAUUUGCCUUCCUGGGGAGAGUGUUUUUGCAACUGAGGGGCUACCACUGAAAAGGCCUGUUCUCUCAUUGCUCCCCUCCAAACUUUUCUUGGAAAGGGCACUGAGAGAACAGGCUUCAAACAACUAUUUUGGGGUGUGGGUCAGUACUUAUGAGAUUAGGCAGUCUAUAAGGAACCGGGGUCCUAAACUGUCUAAGGCUUUAUGCACCAUUUUGAUUUUAGUUCAGAAGUGGAAUCUGCCACCGGGCCAGAACCGGUGCCAGUGUGCUUUGCGUCUUUCCAAAAUGUGGACCUAGGUUUCACCUGUCCCAGAGACGGAAGACUGUCCUUGUUCAAGAAGUAAAAAUACUGUAGUCAUCAGCCACAGCUAUUUCUCCUAACCCAGUAGUGUAGGAAGGAAACUGGAGGAAAUAUGGGUGUGUGUGUCUGUCGUAAGGUUCUCCAAAUACUCUGCCUCAUGCAUCUACUAGCCCAAGGACUGCCAAUGAGAAAAAUGAACCCCUCUGAAGGACAAGGACACCAUGUGCAUUGCACAGAUACAGUGACUAUAAAGUGAAUACUGGAGUGCUCUGCAGAAAAGCAAGUCAAAGCCGGUACUGACGAUUCUUCCUCUUUUUGAUGUCAAGGUACCCAGACCUCUGGCAAUGAAAAAAGAAAGCAUCCAGACGAGGAAGAGGAAACCUAAAAAUAUCACCAAAGGAAAAUCCUCAACAGGUAUCAAUAAUAAUAGUAAAUUAUAAAAUAAAUGCCGUCUCGGUGCAUGCAGGGCUGUCCUGCUCCAAAAAGCUUACAAUCUACACUGCAGAAUUAGGGAAAGGAAGGCAGUAUCUGCAUGAUUUGAUCCUUCGAUGUCGAUUCUUUCUACCAUUGUGAAGCAGGAUUCAUGUAGUGUUCACACAGUUCAUACACACUAUGGAGUCAGCUACAUUAGUAACAAAACAAACAGUGUUUUGAAUGCAUUAUAAAGAUGCAACACCAGAUGGUGCUGGAGAGCAAAAAGAAAUUAUUUGCGAUUUUUCAUAGGGGUUUUUUUUCUUGUAACAAUUUAAUUUCUGACUUAUUUAUAGCGUCGUCGUCCCCGUGUGUAGAUCCAGCCCAUGUGUUCACACAGAGAGUUCAUCUUUCUCUCUGUGUGUGAUCCACAGUUCAGCCAAGGUUUCUCUCUCUGUGUUUAACCUUCACCCUGUCACACAUCCAACCCUAGCCAAACCCACAGUCCAAAGAGAUGCAACCCAGAAAGAAUUAUUUCUUAUGAUUCUGCUGGCUGACUAGUUGGACCCUCUGUGAUAACAAAGGAUAAGGGUUAAGGGCAAGGGUGAGCUUGAAGGAUGAUAAUUAUAAAAAUUAAGAUUAAAUUAUAAGUAAUAAAAUUAAAAUGCUUGGUUCUUGUUUGGCUAUUUGGGGUUGUCGUCCCCAUUAAGAUCUUCUAAGAUUUUCUAAAGUAUUUUCUAUUUGUGCAAACCUUGGGGACUGCUCCUCUUGUGUGUGGACGGUACUGUUUUGGCUGCAAAAGGAUUGGCACUCAGUGGGUUGAGUUUGCUAUUGGUAAUGGGAUAAAACAACAGGUAGGGAGCCUAUUCCAAUCUGAGGGCUGUAUUCCAUUGCAGGAGCUUUCUGGGGGCCACAUGCAGUGAUGGUAGGGGCCAGAGGCGAAAGCAAGGAAAGCAAUGGAUGUGAUUGUUGCCUUUGUACAGUAGUCUAGAUUCUUCAUCCUUCAUCCCCAAAGCAAAAGCCAUUAUCACAGUUCCAGAAAAUGUGACAUCUAGGCAAAAGUUCUCAAGUAACACGCAGAGGAGAGCCAGUGAGAAGUAUGGGGUGGCGUAGGGUCUAGGGAGGGUCCCAAGGGCCAAAUAGAUAGCCCUCAAGGGCCACAUUCAGCCCCUGGAUCUGACAGUUCCUCACUCCUGAGAAAGAAGCAAAUGUUUGGUCUCAGGGGCCUUGCACAGAUGUCAGAAGUUUGAAGGAAAUGGAAAUAUGAAUAAAUCAUAUGGCUUAUAACUAGCAAUAAUAAUGGAAUCUGCUUCUGCUUCACACUUCCAUUAAUGUAUGUAUUCUUUAAACCAUUUUAUCUUGCAGGGUCCACCAAUUCAACCACCAAUUCCCCUUCCUCCAUCACAAAUUCUGAAAGCACUGUCACUUUAAAAACGGAACCCUCAGUAACAUCGCAAUAUCCAGGGCAGUCGAUCGUGGCAGCUUCCCAGGUAAAUGGAUGAUGGGAACUGCAGUACAUCUUGACAAAUGAUCUGAUAUGUAGCAUGCUCAUGGAUUUUGUGCUGCUGGUGGAGAUGAUAAUGAUGGACUCCUCUAGCAGCGAUUGGCCAAGCUGCCGUAAUUUCAGAGUCUCCUGGGCCAGUUAGAAAUUGGGCAUAAUCUUAAUGUAUGGCAGGCCAGAACGGAAAUAAAGGCCUGUAUUAAAAAUGGAUGUCUAUAAAAGGGGGCAGUAGACCAAAGGAAUUAUGGGAGUGGAGAUGAGUCCUGCAAAAUAAUGAGUGGGAGACCUGAAGAAGGAAUACAAGAGUUUAGUGUUUCUCCCCAGCUGAUGGACCAAACUCCCAUCAUCCCUGACUACUCGUCCUACUAGCUAGGGAUGAUGGGAGUUGUAGUCCACCACAGCUGGGGACCCAAGUUUGAGAAACACUGAAAGGGAAACUAGAAGCAGGGAGGCAUAAAGAAGGGUGUGUGUCAGGGACGGGGAACCUGUGGCUCUCUGGAUGUUGUUGGACUCCAAUUCCCAUCAGCCCAAGCCAACAGUGGCCACUGCUCAGGAGUGAUGGGAGCUGUAGUCCACCAAUAUCUGGAGGGCUACAGGUUUCCCACUCUUUGUGUAUACAGCCAGGAGCUGCAGAGAUCAAGAAGACUAGAGGUCUGACCCAUGUUAAACAUGUUAGUCUUUACAGUAGGGGUUAAAGCAACCAAUGCAAUAGAAAUUUCACCUGUAAUGGGGACACCAAGCCCAUUCAUUUCUUUGUUGCAAAUCCUUGUAGGGUCCAAGCCAAUCUGAAGACGCUCUGGCUGACAGCCACACCCAGUUCAAGUACGAGCCAGAGGACUACGCCUUCUCUGCGGCCACCAUGACCCAGCAGUCGGGACUAAGCGUUCCUCUUCGCCAAGACUCAUGGUGCGCCCUGGCACUGGCCUAG